AACUUCCAAGUAACAGCCACCAUUCUCAAUCAACGGUCUUAGUCUGUCUCACUUCUACUACGUUUGUAUGAGUAUGAAGACUGCGUUUAUGCGGUAUGCAAGCCACCAAGCUCGAAAACCUCCCUCCAGAGGUGUUGACUGCGAUCUGUACUUCACUCAGAGACGACCAGGCGGGACUCUUAUCAAUCUCUCGGGCUUCGAAAUAUCUGCGGGCAAUUUCAGCCCCCAUUAUAUUCAAACAUAUCACCGUCACGACAAGUACUGUGAGACGUCGACCUCGAAGAUCUAGCCCUCGUCCAACUCGCGAUACCCGAGCGAACUUACUACGCACCAUAGUCACCAAGCCAACGAUCGCCGCGCAUGUUUCUAGUGUCCACUGUCCAUCAUCACGGGGCGUCGUGCCUGCAAUAAACGAGGAAGACAUGGAUUUCAUCCUUCAGACAGCCUCCAAAUUCGAUGUCCCUAUCCCGGAACUACUCCGUCUCGGGGGUGCUCACCCAUCUCUCGAGGGUAGGCGGGGCUGGGCCCUCAGUGACGACGAUAUGCAGCGGCUCGUCACUGUGCGUGCGUUCUUCGCGGAACUCAUCAUCGCACACACGCCCAAUCUCGUCAAACUCGACUAUAGUGUAGGCCUUUACAGGAAUGCCCUCCAAAUAUUAACGACAAUUCGAGGCUCAUCCUCAUUCCACCGCCAGCCCAUGUUCCCUUUGUUGAAAGACGUCCACUUGCGGUUGUUCGGGCCCGGUACCUUUAUUUGGCCAUUGAGUGAGAUGGCUCCCAAUCUUCAAACCCUUCGUAUCCAGGGUGUUACGGCGCCGAUGGAAGGCUUGCACUUUGAAAGGGUCAAGGAUCUCCGACUUAGCUCAUCGAACUUUACGGGCUCAGAGCUCAGGGCUAUAUUGACAGGAUGUCCCGCUUUGACGAAUUUUGAGUACGAUUACUAUUCUCUCAGAGACGAGAGGUGUGCUCCGCAAGAUGUGAUUGACGCUUUGGAGAGCUUUGAAUCACAAUUGAAGGGACUAUCUUUGAAGUUCAACUCCAACACAUGGGCAGACCGGAGAAGAGAGCCAUCCGCCAUGGAUCAACAUCAGCCCAAUUCGGGACUCCUCACCUCUCUAAAGCAUUUUACCGCCUUGGUCGAUUUACAGCUUGACAGUGUGUGCUUGUGGAAAGACACGAGCAAGGAGUCGGCACGCGAGGUUCAAGAAGAAGGGACAAAACAAAUAUUCAUAAAUCUUUUACCAAGGACCGUAAGGAAUUUGCGACUCACAUACAAGAGCUCGAGGCCGUUUGAAGAUGCCCUUCCCGCCCUUGCGCACCAUCUCACAGAUUGCUGCCCCAAAUUACAACUAGUUCACAACAAGCUGCGUUUUGAUGGUCCAUUGUCUCAAGAACUUCUGGACCAGCUGCGGAAGGUUAGGGAACAGUUUGCUUCACUUGGUGUCACUUUUGAGUUCGAUGUUUCUAGGUUAAACGGAUGUGUAUAUGUUAACUUGGAUGAUGGAGGGCUGCCGGUCUCCAUUGAAGCGAUGACUGAAGAGGAAUGGGUCCUUUCCGCAUUAGGCUAACAAGGAAAACAUUGAGUUAUUUGAUGCAUGAAGACUAAGAGAUGAACUUAUCAGCAGCAUCAGGACAUUUCCCCUAAAACGUACUAAUUCUUGUUUUGGAAAUACGGUCAAUGAUGAACUGAACAAACAGCAUACCAUAAACUAAAGUAGCAUUCAAGAAUCAUCCGAGCCGGCUUUAACUUGUAUCAAAGCCCUUCAAACUACCAAUCACCCAUUAUGAACAGAGGCCAAUGUUCACACGAAUGACUCACCAAUAGACUGUGCGAC